UACCCCUUCCGUCAGACUUGCCCGAGUGCGAUUUUCAGGACACUGCACUAUAAACCCAGGGAUCUGCCCGCACAUCAACAGGGUAGACAUGGCCGGCCGCUUUCCUGUAUAAGUCGAAUCGAUCGCAUAUCCUCUCGUUGAAGCUCCCCAUCGAUUUACCGCCGAUCCUUAUUGCUGAGCGACGCCUGUCGUUCAACGUUUUGCGCGGCCAUGUCUCCCUUCAAAACGAGUCUGGGAGAGGCCUUGAUGAAGAGACAGGCACCGGGUGUGCCUCCGCCUCCUACGCCUGAAGAGAUUGCCUUCACGAACGCACCGGAGAUACUCGCCAUAACUGGGACGUUCUUUGCAUUGGCAUCAUUCGUGUUCCUGUUGCGUUGCUAUGUUCGCCUGGGAAUGUUGAAGGUAUUUGGCACAGAUGACUAUGUCAUGACCAUAGCAAUGCUUCUGGCGGCAGCAGUGUUUGCUUGCUUCAAGAUUGAGACGGACCAUGGACUUGGCAAACAUUUCAUGGUCCUUCUUGGGACGGACCCCGCAGGAUAUAUGCAACUAUCCAAAGUUCUCUACGUCCAUAGCAUCCUGAUCAUGGUCGCCAUCUCCACCGUCAAGAUUUCAAUCGGCUUCUUUCUGUUGAGGCUGUCGACGAGCAAACCGUUUCACCGCUUCCUGUUCGUCAUCAUGGUCUUCAUCGUUGUCCUGACGAUUAGUUGCGCCAUGACGCUUAUUUUCCAAUGCGUGCCGGUGCAGGCCGCUUGGGACAUGUCACUUCGACCACCUCCGUUGGGCACCGGCGACGCCAAAUGCUAUUCGAUGGCCGUCUUCCGCAACUUGGGUCUUAUGAAUAGCUGUAUGAUGUUCCCCCCCCCUUCCUCUCCCUCUCGUUUGUGGAUGGAAUCUGACGUGCACCCAGCGUUCAACAUCGUCACAGACGUCCUUUUCGCUACGAUCCCAGUACCCCUGAUUUGGAGGCUUCAGCUGAAUCUUCGGACAAAGUUUACGCUUAUUGGCAUCCUUUCGCUCGGUUUGUUUGCCUGCGUGGCUGCCAUUAUCAAAGCGGUCCAGCAAUGGGACGUACUCAACGAUCCGGACUGGACGGUCAAAGACAGCUUCAACAUUUGGAACUAUAUCGAACUUACAGUGGGCAUCAUCGCAGCCUCCCUUCCCUCGCUCAAGCCUCUGUUCGUCAGCAUUCUCGACACGGCACGCGCCAUCACAUCUGGGGGACGAACAAAGGCGACGGGAUAUGGUCACUCGGGAUACGGCAAAGGAGCCGGCUCGUUGGGCUACAUCAAACAGCCCGACGCCUCGAAUCGGAGCAUCGCUAUGCAGAGUCUCACCAGCAAGGAGGAUUCGGGACCGCAGAGCCCUUACAAGGUCCGCAUCACCACGCAGCCUACGGGCCUAGCAGAUAAGGAGGCUUGGGAUAUGGUGCACCGAAAAGCCAGCGACGAAUCGAUGUAUCCCCUACAAGCUGAGCAACAGGACCCCCGCGGCAUCGUCAUGACCAAGGAAGUCCGCGUGAGCCGUUGAGCAGCAUUACCUAGUUCUGGACUCAUGUCGCCCGGCAACAGAAAGGUCCAAUCCGAAAUGACGCCUGCUGCGGGAAGAAGUGGAUGGCAUGUUGUACUUAUUUAAUUUUUGGCGUUCGUACACGUCCGUGUUCUCAGUUCCUGGCUUAUCAGAGAUACCCUUCCGCGAAAAGGCCUACUGCUUCUUGUAUUAUUUUUCCUUUGUGCGAGCUCCGCGAUUCUCACGGUCAAGCCGUUUCCGUGUAUUUCCCAACAC